AUGUGGUGUGUUUUCGGACUCACUCUUCUCCUCGUGGCCCUAUCGGACUCCCACAAGGUGCCCAAGCCUCCGAAACCCCUCUGUGAGGGUCAACUCGAGUCACAAAAGAUUCAGGAGCUGGUAAAGACAGCCCUAAAUUCAACCAGUCCAUGUUCUACGCUUGAAAAGAUUCUAAACGGAACUGAGCAGCAUGUUCACGGAGUAAAGUAUCACUUCCAAGUGCAAACCACGCAAAGUGCUUCAUGUGGGGAGGUCUUCCACGGCAAUCCAGUGUCCAACCUCACCAUCUUUCUUCCAUCCAACGGAACGACAAGACCUGUCUACUAUCUCGAGUAG